UCUGCCUUUCUAAUAUUCCACCUCCCAUAAACUUUAGCAGCAAUGAUGUUUAUUCUAUCGCAAACUUUAUUUCAAUCUUUUAAUUGAAGUAAAGUUUAAGGCAGAUUUGUAACAAAGUGUUUGGGAAGCCUUACGUAAGAAUGCACGUACACUGUUUGAUAAAAUGCCUUUGUUUUGUUUUGUUGUAUUGAAUUCUUCAAGUCAGAUUUGUGAUGGAUUUAAGGUAAACUUCAUAUGACAAAUCCUUUACAAAAUUACAAUGUUCAUACAAAUUCAGCCUUUUAUAAACAUUUCAAUUAUUUUACAACGAUGGAGGACGUGGGGAAUUGAUGAGACACAAAGUCCAUGAUCAUGAUCUCUGUUGCAUUGAUUUAAAUGUGCAUUCCGAGGAAAGAAGUAUUAGGUGUGAGGAUUAUUUUUGACAUUACAAGGAAUGGGAUCAGAAAGGAGAGUGCGCGUAAACUGUUUGACAAAACGCCCAUGUCACAGUGCAUUCUUCAAAUCAGAUUUGUAAUGGAUUUGGUGUUGGUGACUUCUAGAAUAGUAUGAUCCACUAUUCAUUCUCACGUUUAAAAGGGUAAAUGUAAGAAGAACAUAACGUAUAACUUCACGCGACCAGCAGGUCUGAAUCCUUGGCAAAAUUGCAAGCAAAAUGUGAAGGCAAAAAGAUGCAUACAAACUAUUUAACAAAAUGUAUCAACAGUUGUAGGGUGAAAUAAAGGAAGUCUUGUGGGAAAAAUAUUUCAUUGGUAGUGGCUUUUUUUGGCAACUAAGAUUUUGUCAAGGAGCAAAACCAUCCUCCUCUACAUUUGAUAGCUUAUUUCCUUCCAUCCUAUGCCUGAAGGAGAGCUUACAAACCAUCUAUGGACAUCGUUCAAACUUGAGGAAACUUCGUCAGAGGAGAAGCAGAGAGGCAAGGGUGAAGAGAAGAGGGAAGGAAUAGGCGAUGAGAAGCACGGUUCCUUUUGGGAGCAAAUUUCUUCAGUCACGAAGGAGGUGAAGGUGAGCCCAGUGUCUAAAGAAAGCAAAGAAAUCAUGGAAGUAUCAAGUGGCAUAGGGGGGAGAACACAGCAACGGAGGCAAAAGAAGAGGUGGCUUCUUUUUGUUCUUGGAACUUCAAGUCUUAAGCAAAAGAAUAUGAAAGUCAUGAUUCAACUACAACAAAUCAAAGAGCAAGUGCUGCAAUUUCAAUUAGAUAACUAUAAUUGUAAAAGUAAAGUAGUUCAAUUUAUGCAAUGAAUGUUGCUACACCACUAGUACUGUCAAUUUCAUGUUUAACCAUCUAAUCCACCAAUUGAAUUGUAAUGAGCAAGAAAAAUAUUUUAUUAUAUUUUCUAAUACCUGUACUUUACGGUGACCGCACAAGAUGCUUUUGGUAAUGAUAAGGACGAUGUCUUUACUUUU